GAGGUUGUUCUGUGCUAACCUCCGCUCUGCUCACAGGGAGCCAGCACCAGGCCGCUUGCCCGGCAUGAAGGACUCGCUGUUGUUGCUUGCCCGGAUCCCCGCCCACCCAGAUUCUCGCUGCUGGUUCCUAGCCUGGGAUCCCUCCGGGACCCUGCUGGCCUCAUGCGGGGGCGACCGCAGCAUCCGCAUCUGGGGCAAGGAGGGAGAUAGCUGGGUGUGCAAGUCUGUGCUGGGCGAGGGGCACCAGAGGACAAUCCGGAAGGUGGCCUGGUCCCCAUGUGGGAGCUACUUGGCCUCAGCCAGCUUUGAUGCCACCACCUGUAUUUGGAAAAAGAGCCAGGAUGAGUUUGAGUGUGUGACCACCCUUGAAGGACAUGAAAAUGAGGUGAAGUCUGUGUCCUGGGCCCCAUCUGGAAGCCUCCUGGCCACUUGCAGCCGAGACAAGAGCGUCUGGGUCUGGGAAGGUGAGAGAGUGGAUGAAGAGGACGAAUACGAGUGUGUGAGUGUUCUGAAUGCCCAUACGCAAGACGUCAAGCAUGUGGUCUGGCAUCCCAACCAGGAGCUGCUAGCAUCAGCCAGCUACGAUGACACAGUGAAGCUGUACCGUGAAGAGGAGGAUGACUGGGUGUGCUGUGCCACCUUGGAGGGGCAUGAGUCUACCGUGUGGAGCCUUGCCUUUGACCAGAGUGGGGAACGCCUAGCCUCCUGUAGUGAUGACAAGACAGUGCGCAUCUGGCACCAGUACAAACCAGGCAAUGAGCAAGGGGAGGUUUGCAGCAGUGCUGACCCCAGCUGGAAAUGCAUCUGCACCCUGUCCGGUUUCCACCCCCGGACCAUUUACGACGUGGCAUGGUGUCACCUGACAGGAGCACUGGCUACAGCCUGCGGGGAUGAUGCUAUCCGCGUAUUUGAGGAAGAGCUGCUCUCAAAUCCCCAGCAGCCCACUUUUGCGCUGACUGCCCACAUGCCCCGGGCUCAUUCCCAAGAUGUGAACUGUGUGGCCUGGAAUCCCAAGGAGCCAGGACUGCUGGCAUCAUGCAGUGAUGAUGGAGACAUGGCCUUUUGGAAGUACCAACGCCCAGAGGUUUGCUGAGGCAGCAGUGCACUGACCCAAGCUCGCACCCACCCUUCCCCAUACCACGCAUUAGGGCUGUUGUGUGCAGCAGCGGUUGACUGCUGAGAGAACGUGUCCCCUUGCAGGAGGGCUAAUGGUCCCUUGCUGCGGGGGAAAAGAGUAGCUACUCCCUCGCUCUGCUCACUGUGGUAUUAGUGAGAGCCCUGCUAGUGUCUUAGAAAUAGAUGAGUACUGGGAAUGCUUUUGGGGGGAGGCAGAGAGUCUCAAACAGCUUCCUCAGGAAAACGUACUGGAUGGUAAAGGGGCAUGAGCAGCUUUUAGGGAGCCCCAGCAUGAAUUCCAACCUGGAGCUAAUCUUAGGCUGCCUGGAUCCUGCAGCCAGUCCCUGCUCUGGUUGUUACACGAGAACCAAGCUGAGAGUUUCACUGUGUCCAGUUGGUUCAUGCUGGGGCUGUGGAGUGGUGGCCCAAGGCCCUCGCACCGUGGGAGCGAAGAGCUUUAAUAAACCUUUGCUAUUCUCCCCCACCA